AUGAGUGGAGAUGAUGGUAAUACAUUAAAGUUAGAGAUAAAGAAAAAAUGUGGAAAUACUAAAACAUGUACGUGUGGCACUAAACAACCUAAGGGUGUUACUGCAAAAAGGGAAGACCUGAUCGAUGAUGUUAAAGGCUUUGUUGCCCUUGUUCAUUCCAUCAAGAAAGGACGGACAUUUAAGCUCAGUAAAAAUCUGGGUAACGGUGAGAGUCUUGAGGACGGCAUAACAGUUCUCUACGGUGUUACUAAGGUAUCAGUGUAUUACUGGGUUGGAGACGCGAGUCUUGAAAGACCGCUUCUCCUGGAAAGAGACAAUAGCGGCCAUAAGAGCUACUACUACAAAUAUGACAAAAGUGAAGGACCGACUCCAACCAUUUGGAAGCUCAUCCCAGACAAACUUACACUACAAGAAAGACUUGAUGACAGAAACUGCGGUAUAAACAAUGCUGUCGUGUUUAACAUAGAAAAUUCAGAAUCUGGAUCUCUCCCUAACAACUCAAAAUCUGAUUGCAUAAAAAGUAGAAAGAUAGAACUUGGUGACUUAAAACAUCUUUCUGGUAGUAACUAUGUUUCUAAAACGCAUAAAAUAACUGGUCUUGAUGGUAAAUAUAGGGAGACAAGAAUAUCCAGAGUAACUUUGAAUGAUAGGUCUACUGAUCUGACCCCUCCCAUUUAUCCAGUUGAUCAAAUAAGACUAUACUCAUAUCAGGGUAGUGGAAAUGUACCUCUUAUGAUUGAAUUUAUAGAGCAUGGUACUAAAAAGACCACCUUUUAUGAGAGUACAGAUCAGGGUCAUCUUAGCUGGAGAGAGGUUGGUAAUGGUAACAGUUUCUAUGAUGGAGAUGAAAGCAAUCUUCAACCUACUGGAAAACUUUCCGAACAGCUCGAUGAGAUAUUAUGCACACGGCACGACAAUGUUACUUUGGAUAUAACUCCCGGUAGACAUAACGGAGAUAAGUAUUGUUGUGGUACUCAUAAAGGCACGGAAGGUAGAAUCUCUGUCCGUGAGGGAUCAGUUAAAGUUAGGAACAAUCCUAAACUUUCCGUCCAGUACUAUCAGCAUACCGUUACCAGUGGAAAACUAGGUGGUAUCUACUACAAGGAUAGUGGAUCUUCUGAUAGGAAUAAUAUAAAAUUACACGGACUCACGUUUCCAAUCUCUGGCGUAAGAAGUGUUUAUACUUUCUACUGUAAAGAGGAGGGGCCAUCACUCAUCUAUGUUGACUCCCCUAGAAACCUUGCGGCAAGAGGAUGGUAUAAAAAAGGUUAUGGUGAAAACUGGACAUGGAUAUCUGAACUGAUUGCUAUAAACUCUAAUGAUAUAGAAAGUGGACUUACUUGUGUUAAAUGGAGAAAGCUUAGGAAUCAUCUGACAGGACCUACUUGCAGUUACUUAUCAGACUGUUCUUACACUGAUCCUAACAAAGCGGAUGAAGAUAAAAAACAGCUUCAACAAGAAGAACAGGAAGCAAUAAAGGAACGAGAUAAGGCAAUAGAACAUGCUAAACAAAGGCUUGCUGGUAAUCUUGUUCCUCCUGCUGUAGUUCCACCUUCUCCAAGUGAUAGCUCUGUUAGUUCUAGUUCUGGAAGUAGUAGUGAAGAAAGAUCCAUGUCUCAUAGUAGCGGUUAUAGCCCACCAGAAGUAAUCAUUAAUCUCUCAGAAAAAUCAACUAACAUAGGAGAAAUUAAAAAGUACAAGUAUCCUCCUAGUGGUAAAGAGAUUACUGUCACAAGAUCUUCCUAUCAAACUGACUUCCUCAACUAUAAACAUAAAGACUCUAAUGGAGGAGGAUUUACACUAAAGGAAGUCCAAGAUGAUAGUAAUGCCCCUAUAGUUAUACCUAAGGAAGGCGAUAGAAAGGUGACCUCAGUUUCUGCUUAUUACUGGACCGGUAAUACUGAUAGAGCCCUCUUGGUAGGGGUUACUACUAAGGACGGCAAUACGACUACAUACUAUAGGAACACUAGAGAUGGUGUAUGGAGUGAAUAUAAGGCUAUGGAAACACCUUCUGGAGGCCCACCCGCCAAAGAGGAGUUAGACUUGCUAAAUUGCGAGAUCAACGAUGUUGUUCAAAUAGAUGUUGCACAAAUUACUGAUUAUUGUCAUGAUGAUAACGAACAUCUUCAGAUCCCUCAUGAUACUAAGAAAGUCAAGGUUAGUGAGAUACUAGGUUCUUAUAAAUAUCUUGGAAACUAUGUUGCUUAUGCUCAUACUCCGAAUUCCGAUGCUUAUACUGGAAGAAAAUCUCAUAAGUUUAACAUAUCUGGUUUUACCAAUGGGAAAACUCCUAUAACACUAAGUGGACUGCACCUGCCUGUUAUGGGUGUUCAAAAGGUCAUCCUUUAUUUCUGCGAGGGCGAAGUCAAUGCUAUUCGUUCUUCCGGGAAAUCGGUGAAUAAUCCACUUCUCAUUUAUUUACCAAAUUCCGAUCAGGGAGAACGCUGGUUUAAGAAACCUGACAGUGGUACUGAAUGGACACUAGUUAAUAAACUUAAUGGAAAGGAAUGCUUUGAUAACGCAGUUGUUGAUUUUUUGGACACUGUUGAGAGUAUAUGUAGGCCACCUGAAGUAACUAUCAACAUUUAUAACAGAACUAUAGGGAAUACAUACGCCUAUGGAGAUGAUUUUGGAAGAUGGAUUACUGUAGAGGAUUCUUUCAACUCCAAUAUAGAUUGUUUUACCGAAUAUACCCAUAGGGAAUAUGGUAGAAAGAAUAGCUACUUCACAGUUAAAAAGUUCAAAUACGGUGGAAAUGAGAUCGAAAGCGGAUUAGAAUCUGUAGAUACUCCUAAGGUUACUAAACUAUCGGUCUUCUACUGGACCGCUUUGGAGAAUGAUUCUAGGAAGGGCUCUCCAGAUGAGAGAGGCAGGCCUUUACUCGUUAAAAUUACUACCCAUGCACCCGGUGAAGAAGCUAAGGAAAUUUACUAUGAGAAUGUUAGUUCUAAGCCUGGCGAUCAUACUCAGUGGAAGUUGUGGAAAGGAUUUCCUCCCGAGCCAAAGGAAUUAGAAAAUGAACUCGAACUUCUAAACUGCAAUAUAAACAACGUAGUGAACAUAAAAGUCAAUCAGACUAAAGGAUUUUAUUGUGGUCAUCUUAAUAGUCAUAAUCCUGGAAGAGUCAAAGUUGAGGGGAUGAAUAGGAAUAAUCUUGGAAAAUAUAAAGCUUAUAAGCAUGAACCAAAUAUGAACCCGGUGGGCAAAGUCCACAUUUCUGAUUUCAAAGAUAUACAGAAUAAAACACUUACUGGUCUGCCUACAUCUGUUCUAGAUGUUAAAAAGGUUGUUGUCUACUUUUGUGGUAAGAGUCCCCUCUUGCUUUACAUAGACUCUAAUGAUCCCAAUAUUACUAGCAAGUGGUUCCAAAAGCCUAAUAACGGUACUGAAUGGUUACCAGUAAAUUCUCCUCCACCUAGUGAAAAGGAAUAUUCAAAGAUCGUUGAAAUACUUGAUAAACUUAAGAGUGGUUGUGCUCCACCAUCUGUUACUAUAGACAUUUAUCAGAGAGAUCCCGGGGGACAUACAAAAUACUAUAAAUAUGAUAGUGGGUCUAAUAGGGUUCUUGUAACGGGUAUUGGGAAUAAUCCAUCUGGUUUUACUGAGUACAAACACACCGAUAACGGUGCAUCAAAAAAUACCUUCACUGUCUCAGGGUUUGAAUACAAUAAGGAAAAGGUUAAAGCUGGUCUGAGUGGAAAUACUCAUAAUGUAAUUUCCGUCUCAGUCUUCCACUGGACUGCUCUGGAGGACGAUCUCCAGCGGAGAAAUAGUAGGCCUUUACUCGUUAAAAUUACUCAGAAGAAGCCUGGUCAAGGAUUUAUGGAAAAGUGGUAUGAGAAUGACGGUAAUCGCAAUAAUACAGGAUGGACUGAAUGGUGGAUGUCAACGGUUUCUGAGCCCAUUCUCCAAAGUAAACUCUGCAUCCUAAACUGCAAACUCAACCAGGCAGUGGUUAUCGAUAUUAGUAAGCAGGAUACUGUUACUUAUGAUACUUGCAAGGAUACUCAUUUGGACUCUGGGCACAGUAAUAACGAUAAGAUCAAGGUUGAUCAGGAUAAAGAAGACAUGGGUAAACUACGCAACUAUCAGGUUUAUCGGCAUACUCUAAACAGUGGUGGUGGACCAUUUCAUAUACUCUCUUUCAAGAAUGCUGGAACAACUCUCAGCGGAAUUGGACCAACUCCCUUUUCACCCAUUCUUGAUGUGAGCGAAGUAAGAGUAUACUUUUGCUCAUUAGAUAAUAAGCCUCUUCUCCUGUACUACAAGGCAAAUGGACAACAUUACUGGUACAAGAACAAUAAACCCACUAGUAAGGCUGGGCAAUGGGUAGAUGCAGGAUUACUUAACACCGAUGGACCAGAAAACCAUGAAAAGAUCCUCAAUGUACUCAAUAGUCUUGAAAGUGAAUGUAAAGAUACUCCUAAAGCUGAAUCUCCUCUUCCUACUGUUUCUCAAGGUGAAACUGAAAGUACUGAAGAAUCUCCUAAACAUGAAGCUUCUACUGCUCUUGAAGCUCCUGUUAUUGCUAGUAUAGCUGGAUACUUCCUUACUGGUUCUGCCGGAGCUGGUGGUCUUACUGGACUCGGUUGGUGGAUGUUUAAACGUUCUAAAGGAGACCCUUGGGUUAUACACGGAUAUUCUAUAGAGUGUUUAAAGAAUGUCCCACAUUGA